AGCACAGAAUCCGAUCACUCAGUGAUUAUCGUCUUAUCAAAAACUAAUAGGAAACUCACUCUAUCACUGAAUAAGAUAAACGAAGUCGAGUUAGUAUUCCCUACGGAAGAGUUGGCCUUAAAGUGGAGCGUAUGGUUAGAGGAGGCGGGGGUUAAGCCGAGUUCGGGUGACAAUCAAACCGCGAUCUCUAAUGGCGACAACGAAUCGGUGUCUAACUUGUCUUUGAAACGUAACUCGCAAUCGGAUCUGAGUAUCGGUGCCGGCGAUGAAGACAUGGCUUUUCCCGAACAUAUGUCCACACAAGUGGACGAAGUGAAGAGAUUAGUCAACGCAUACAUUGUUAUAAUGAAGAAAACUUUCAAAGAUCGUUUGCCCAAACUAUGUCAAUAUGAGUUAAUAGACUCUACGUGUAAAUACAUUGGCACUAAACUUCAGGUACAGAUUCGCAAACAGUUCCCAUCCAUUGAUGAUAUCAUAGGCGAUGAUCCCAACAAAGCCAUAAGAAUUGAAUUACAGAAUUUGAAACAACAAUACAUAGAAGGCAUUGAGAUAAUGGAUAAGUUCUCUAAACUAAAGUCUAGUUUAGAGUCUACAGAAUCUACAGAA